AUGGGUGAUCAACAGAUUUAUUCCCAGCCGCCUUACCCGCUGCAUGACUCUAUCAAGGACAGGCUGGAUCCGGAAUAUGUUGACUUCUACAACAAGUACCUCUUGAACGCGCCCCAAGUUCACUACCAGCCCGUUGCCGCCUCCCGAGUCGGAGGGAAGAUAAUACCGGGCGGGACGGACCCCGUACCCGCAGGCAAAACCAUUGACGUCGGCAUCCGGCGCCGGGAGACAGCAGGCCCGGACGUGCAGGUGCGGGUCUUCAUCCCCGCGGGCCAGCCGCCGUCUCCGUCAGGCUGGCCCGUGUUCCUCUGGUACCACGGCGGCGGCUGGGUGCUGGGCAACAUCGACUCGGAGAACAGCCUGUGCAGCAACAUCUGCGCGCGGGCGCGCUGCGUCGUGGUCACGACCGACUUCCGGCUGGCGCCCGAGCACCCUUUCCCCGCGGCGGUGCACGACGCCUGGGAGGCGGCGCUGUGGGUCGCGACGGGGACGGCGGCGUCGGCGCUCGCGGAGCCCCUGGACCCGACCAAGGUGGCCAUCGGCGGGUCGAGCGCGGGCGGCAACCUCGCGGCCGUGGCGACGCAGCGGGCGCUCCGGCACGAGGCGCUCGCCGGGUUCAGGUUCAAGUUCCAGCUGCUCGUCGUGCCCGUGACGGACAACACGGCGUCGGUGGAGACGAGCCCGUCCUACGCCGAGUACGAGCACACGGCCGCCCUGCCCGUCGACAAGAUGCUGUGGUACCGGCGCCACUACCUCCCCGACCGCGCCGACUGGGCCUCGGUCGAGGCGUCGCCGCUGCUCGCCGACGCAGACACCUUUGCCAAGCUGCCGCCCGCGCUCGUCGUCGUCGCCGGCCUCGACGUGCUGAGGUGGGAGGGCGAGGAGUACGCGAGGAAGCUGCGGGCUGCCGGCGUGGACGCCGAGGUCAAGGUCUUCGAGGGCGUUCCGCACCCUUUUAUUGUCAUGGAUGCCGUGCUGCAGAAGGGGAGGGAGGGUGUCGACUUUGUUUGUGACCGUCUAGCUGCCGUGCUGGCUUGA